CGCCCCGCCGAUACCGUUCUCUUUCGUUCGCAUUCAGGGGAAGCAAACUGUUCUUUCUCUCUUGUCUCUCUAUUCAAGGCAUUGUUCUCCUCGCUUGUCAUUCUACCAGUACUUGUUCUCUACAAUAUCGGAUUUUACUGGUAUGCGAGAGUUGCUUUUUUGAUUCUCCUUACUGGUUUUUGCAAGUUUUCUUGAUCGAGAGAUGGAGUUUUCGAUGAAAAAACAGAACCUCGGGGCUUAGAGAGUGAUAUGCAGGUCAUUGCAUUCUUGGUUCUUAGUUGGUGUUUACAGUCGAAAAUGCGUGGAAUAGGGGCUUUGUUGGCUGCAAGAAACAAAUUUGGGCAAAUUCAUUCUGUGACAGGAUCAUGGGGAGCAAUGACCAUUUCAAUUCCAAGGAAACAAGGGGACAAUGAUUCGGGAGUAGGAGGAGUAGUGACAAAGGAGAAGAUUGGUCCUAUUGUUGCCUACAGCAGGCCUCCACCACUCCCACCUGUUGUUGGACCGUUGCUUGCUCUCUCAUUGUUCGAGAUGUGGUCAAGUCGUGAUGAUGACAGGGACUGAGAGAUAUACCAUAAUGCUCUGUCUUCAUAUUGUUUCGUACAACUAGACAUGAUUCUUUGAAGGGUGAAGAAUGAAGCUCUGGUGUGAUUAUUGAUUUGGUGCACCUGAUUUGAUCUGUGAACGAGCAUGAUAGUAGCAGACAUUGCAAUGCAAACACAACACCACCAGAUGGGAAAGGUGGGUGUUAUGAGCUCUAUGAUUUUGAAGUCACGUCAGUUAUGUUACAAAUUGGAGUAAAGAAUAAAGCAAGGGAUUACUUGCCUUAUUUAAGAGAGGAAUGACCAGUCUCACCCUCAUAAGAGUUUUCUUUCAUUUGCUUUUAUUCAAUUUCUGUUAUCAUGAUAUGUGCCUUGGCAUCUAAUCAAUGAACCCCAUUUUGUUACUUGUGUGGCCAUUGACAUUACCUUUUAGCA